AUGCGCGAGGGGUCUGCACCCUUCUCCGAGCCCCGCGGGGGUGCUCGGCUCGGAGGCUGGGCUAGCGCGGCCUGGGAACCCCGAAACCCUCCGAGGCUGGGCCUCAGGUCCGGAACAGCCCCCUACCCGCUCCGGCCCACCCUGGGCCCCGCGGUGCGUACCCGCUGCGGGGAGGCGCCGACGCACGGCGGAGCUGGGGCGCGGCGGCGGUGGCAGCAGCAGCAGGUGCGCGGCCUGGGCCGGAGCCACCGGCCCGGGAGGACGCGGCGCUCAUCCCGGGCUCCGGAGACACCUGCAGCGGCCGCGAGCCCGGCGGCGGCGGUGGUCUCCCCGCACCCAG